GUAGACCUUGCACACUACUGUUAAGCGCCAACUUCGGCAUCGAACCAACAUCAAGUUUCGAUUAUUAAACUGUGUUCAUUUCAUUCUUGUAUUUUUGUUGACUGUUAUCGACCACCCUCCUUAUUAAAGGUCAGCACAUUUUGUGUUCUUUUUUGUAGAUUGCCUCAUGUUUUCUGUAUUCUUUCCUAAUUUUCAGAGUACGUACUCUAAACGUACGUUUAUUUUAGACGUCCAUCACUAAAAAUUAAGUAUUUCUUAAAGAACAUAAUAUAGAAGUCUGUUUGAGCAGGUUUUGUUCUAUUCUAUGCGUCGUCUUAUAUUCGCAUCCGGCCACAAGAUCUCCUACGCCAGUUGCUGAUGCUCAAUCUCCCUUUUUUAGGGGAAAUUUUAUCCGUUUGGGGGAAGCCGCUAUAUAAAAUUUUGGUGAAAUGGCACAAAAACCCAAAACUUUCCAAAGAUCUAUGGAAAUUUCUCAAUAUUUUUACAGAAAAAACCCCAAAUGCUACCCGAAAUUCCCUCAAAGUAGUGAGAUUGAAUGAUAACUUACGAACCAUAACAAACCUGGUGUCCUGGCUUUUGUAAAAUCUAAGUGUCAUUGUGCAUAUAUCCUACUUGCCAUUUAUGGUCAUGCUGUUAACUAUCAAAAUCAACCAUAUAUCCGAAUUCCUCAGAACAGUUUCCACAACAAUCCAAUUAAACCAAAAAAGUUGGGGCAUGGACGAACUUGUGGAAUAUUUGGGCAACAUCUAUUACAAAAAUUUGUAGUCAAUUGCAUUUUUAAGUCGCCUUUUUCGCCUAUCAUGAAAAGUAACAUUUUACCUAAAUAUCUACCAUGAGGUGAAGUCUUGAGAUUAAUACCUCAAGGGUAGCCAACUAAUCCACUAUUCGCCUAAAUGUACACCGAAUAGUCUGUCUCAUCUAAAUUUAUGCUAAAUAUACCUCUUUUCGCCUUAAUGUCCUAUACGAUUACCAUCAUUUCCCCAGAGCAAAUAUCUUUAAACAAUUAACCUCAGUAAUAAGAAUGAUUCAUGCACCUAAAUGAAUUUGUUUAUAGGAUUCUCAUUCACAGUUAACGUGAAUAUCAACAUUAGAGUGCCACUGAUGCCUCUUGGUUCUAUAAUGAGUUGUCCGAUUUGUGAAAAUCGUCAACUUAUAGAAGAUGAAAACACUGGACAGUUGAUUUGUUCAGAAUGUGGAACUGCAACAGGUGUUUAUCGAGGGGUUACCCAAUCCCAGGAUUUCUCUGAAACCCGCGGAUUACGAGUGAUUCAAAAGACUGAACUUAUAGGUAGUCAGUCCAACCAGGCAGCUACAGAUAACAUAGCGGACACAUCGAGAUUUGUAAAAGUUGAGUCGGAUAGCACACAUGACCAAAAUAUGAAUUUUGUUUGUCGUGAAGACCUGUUGAACACAUUAGAUGAUGAUCUCUUCAGCGCGAAUGAGGUGAGCUUCACUGAUCCUAUGCAGAAAGAAAAGUGCUUUGAAAGCCAUCGUCCUUGGCGGUUAUCUGAACCUUUCACUUUCAUAAUGAGACGUCAAGCAAAUUGUUUGGCUAAAGAAUUAAAUCUUUCUGUGGAACAAAAAGCAUCAUUUUGUGAUACUGUUUGGAACAUAUGGCUCCACUAUUUGUCUAUCACUGGCGAACUUGGCUCUGAUGCUUGGGUAAAUGCAGCUCUUUUAUUGGCAAAGUCGCUUAGUGAAGUACUUGAAAGCAAGAUGAUUCCAGAAGAAGAGAAGCCUACUAAUAAAAUAUUACGGAAACACAAAACAUCGGAUCACUGCUAUAUGAUUACCCAGCGUGAACACGAAUGGGAGCUCAUAAAAACUCGUCUAAGUCAAUUUCAGUGGGUUGGUUGGGGUCUAUUGUAUGAACCAGGGGAAGGUCGGGAAAUAACUAAUAUCCUACAUUUGUCUCGAAAAAAAAAGGCAUCGAAAAAAGUCGACAAAAGUAAAAAAUCUAAACGACGUGGACGUAAACGGAAAGACUGUAGUGAGUCUGACUCAUCAGAAUCCGUUUUGUCUGAUAAAAAUCCUGAUGACGAUGCUCAAUCCGUUCAUUCAUCUGAUUUGAGAAACCCAGAUGUUCACGAUUCGGACCUGUCCUAUCAACCUAAAGCUGUGGAAUCGGAAUUAUUCCCUAAUAAUGAUUGGACACAAGAAAUACCACCACAGCAUUUCGCCAAACAAAUAUCUCAGUCACGACCGAUAGGUCAUUUACUUUGGCGUGGUCAAAUUGAGGGUGGUUUUCACUGUCGUGUGUUAAUGGAGUAUAAUGUGGCUAUUUUGUUUAUCGCUUGUUUAACUACUUGUCCUGUACGAAAUGCAGUCAAUCCAUUAUUUUCUUCACAUUUUAUAAAUCCAGAUUUCCCAAAUAAUCCAUGUGCACUUACUACAAUGAUUACUUUAAAAGAUUUACAAGACCUAUGCAUUAAUAAUCGUUUACCUUUCAUAUCUGUUCAAAGUUUAUUUCCUCCAGGGGCCUUUUGCAUUCGUGAUCAGAGUCUACUAAGUUUAAUCCGACGUCAUAGACCUCCGGAAAUCAAUCAUUUAGCGUAUGCAACUGCUCGGAUGCGUGAAUUUAUUGGGUUGAAUCAUUUCCCAAAAUAUCCACUGAGCUGGUUGGUGCAUCGUCAUAUAACCGCUCUAGGUCUUCCGGUGGUAAUGCAUGAAUUUGUACGACCUUUGUUAGAGAGACUACAGCAGGAAUGUAUUCCUGUUGGUAAAUAUAUAUACCGCUCUUUGUUAAGUUCAAUCCCCUGGCCCAGGGUCGUUCGACCGGAAGUGUUUGCAAUGGCAUUAGUUGUUAUAUUGUUACGUCUUGUAUUCAAAUUCGAUGAUACCUUUGAACAUCGACUUAGUUCUGUCGCUAAAGCUCUGGAGUUAUUUCCCAAUCGUCCAGUUAAAAGUGGUCAAACGUCGGACAUCUCAUUAUACGAUCGACCUUUUGUCUGGAUUUCAUGGGUGCAAUAUAUCGACUCAAGAUUUCAUCCAUCUCACAAACUUAAUUUACAUUUGUUGAAAAGUGAUCAAAAUCCAUAUAGUAAUGCUCGAGUUCAUGAAUCUAAUCAACCAUUAGUCAUGACUGCUAAUCAAGGAUAUGAGCUACUCAACUUAGAUAAAGCUUCUGAUUUCUUAGGUUCAACUGAAUUCAAAAUUGGUCGUGAUAUUGGUUGGAAUGAGAAGAGUAUGAAAAAAAUUAAAAUAGCUGAUGCUUCAGUAAAAUUGUCACUAUCUCAGCCAUUGCGUAAUCUAUUCGAACCAUGUCAAGUGGUUGAUUUGACGGGUUCAACUUUAACUACUCAAAAUCAACGUACGCAUCAACAAAUGGUGGUCGGUAAUUUUACAUCUGAUUCCAGUACUAACAGUAAAAAAACCACAACUUACAAAAGUUUACUACUUUCAGAUUGCGAACAAGAUGGUUUACUAAGCCCAUUUCUCAAUACACAGUUAAACUUUUUGUAUAACGAAGAUAUUAAUGUCGAUGAUUAUAUUCCAAAUUCUUUCAAUGACCAUCAAACAUUGACCGAUUCAUGCGGAUUUAAUGAAUGCACUAUAAGAGAGUGGUGGUCAGAUUUGAUAAAUCAACGAUCUGAUUACUACUCGAUUUGUAUCGGAGAAUGGUCUUCAAAUUCUUCCAGCAAAUCUCAGUGGAAAAAUCGUAAUCGUAGCAAACAGCCACUUAUUUUACCAAAACCAGUAGAAGAAUUCAUUGCUAAGCACGAUGAAAGUUUAUCCAGAGCGCUUGGUCAUGAUGAAUUAGUUCAUGCCAAACAGAACGACAAGGAUAAUUCUCUAACGGAAGAAUGCAACAAUCUCAAUGCUUCUCAGAUCUUAGAAGCUGAGGAACCUGUAUGUUUACAUUGUUCUGACCCUAGCCGAAGCAUGAAGUGGUUAGUCGACAUCUGUGCAAUGAUUUGUGGAGCGUCCAAUAUUAAAUCACUACUCACUGAAAUUGAAUGUCUAGAACGCUUGCUUAAGUGGCAUGCGAAAGCUUCAUGUUCACACUCCGUUUCAGGAAAUGAUCCACGUCAAGUUGAUUAUGCACUUUUGUCAUUUUUUGACUUGAAUGUAGAUAUUUGUGAAGUAUCACGAAAUCUGUAAAUUAGUCACUUUUUCUAUAUCUUUUUUUCUGAUAUGUCGUUCUCAAAUUCAUUUGUACAGAGAUAUC